AUGUCUAAAGACGAAAAUAAGAUGGAACGUGCAUUUCGCGAGGCGGCGUGGCAUCCAGUUGAAACUUUACCGGUAUUCAACGGGACCGAUAAGACUAUAACGGCGGCGAGGUGGGCGCAGGAGAUAGAAGAGAACGCGGAAAUAUUUGGUUGGAGUGCUACACAGCAAUUAAUUUUGGCGAGGAGAUCGUUAGCCGGAAACGCAUUACUAUGGUUAAAGUCGGAGAAACCAUUCAAAACUUAUGACGACUUAAAAUGUGCUAUUAUGAAGGAGUUUCCUGAUAGCAUAAAUUUGAAAGAGCUGCACGAAAUCUUAUCCAACAGGAAAAAAGGAAAAAACGAAAGUUGUUAUGAAUAUAUGCUAAUAAUGAAGGAGUUGGGCAAGCGCGGCAAGUUACCUGAUUAUUGUGUUAUUCAGUACAUAACAGACGGUAUUAUAGAUGAUGAGAUAAACAAGGUCAUGUUGUACGGGGUCACUACCUAUGCCUCGUUAAAAGAAAAAUUAAUGAUAUACGAAUCCAUGAAGAAAAAGAUGUACGUAACUACAAGGGAAAGAAAACCCAUAGUAACGAAAGAACAUUACAGAGACAGCAGAAAAUGCUACAAAUGUGGUGAAAAUGGUCAUAUUGCGACAACAUGUUCGAAAGGAGUUAAGUGUUACAAAUGUCAUUCAUACGGCCAUAUUUCGUCGAACUGCAGAGCUGCAUUUGUCGAAAGAAAUUCAAAUACGAUUGGGAAUGAUAAUAAGUGCAUCUCAAUCACUUCACCUACGACGGGAGCGGAAGACCGACCGGAACGACGAUCAAUGUGUGUGAACGGUGUGAACAUAGACGCGAACAUAGAAAAUGGCGACGUGCGUAGUGGCAGCAAUGUUGACAGUGGUGACAGAUGUCAUUCGCUCGGGAACUGUCAAUUUGAAACCGUCAUGAAUACGAAGCGAAAUAGUUCAAUCAAAACAUUGGAGAUAAAUGGCGUAAUAAUCGAAUGUUUAAUUGAUUCGGGGAGUGACGUAAAUCUGGUGUCGGCAGAUGUAUUUUUCGAACUAAAUGUGAGUGCCUAUAAUAAAGAAAAGAUAGUGUUGCACGGACUGGGAUUGUCGACUGUUUACUCUAUAGGAAAAUUUCAAACAGUACUAAAAAUUGAUGAUUGUUAUUUUGAAUUAUUGUUUUAUAUUGUACCAACAAAUGCAAUGCCUUACAAAGUGAUCCUAGGUCAACCAUUUUUGGAAAAUGCGGUAGUUAUUUUCGAUAAAGGUGUGGUAAAUGUAGUUUCGAGGAAUGUGCAUUGUUUGUUUACAGAUGACAAACCGGUUAGUUAUGUACCAAAUCCUCAGAUUAUGGAGACAGCUCAGCUUAUAGUGGAUCAAUAUAAGCCCUUACAAACCAAGGAGGCACCAUUUGAAAUGCAGAUUAUCCUGAACGACGAUGUGCCGGUGGCACAGCGGCCGCGUAGACUAGCCUAUAAGGAACAAGAAGCAGUUGAUAAACAAAUUGAGAGCUUAUAGCAAAGGGGUUUCUAUUAAUUUUUAUUGACGACUUAAUAAUAUUAUCAAACACAUAUGAUGAAGCCAUAGAUCGACUUCGUGAAGUUUUAAAAUUAGCUUCUGAAUAUGGAUUACAUAUAAAUUGGAGAAAAAGUGACUUAUUGACUAAAAAGGUGGAAUAUCUUGGUUAUGAAAUUGAAAAUGGAGAAAUAAAACCGUGUAGAGACAAAGUUGAAGCAGUUUUAAAGUAUCCGCAACCUAAGUCGGUAAAACAGAUUCAAAGUUUCAUUGGAUUGACAUCCUAUUUUAGAAAAUUUAUUGAAGGGUAUGCUUCUAUAGCACGACCAUUAACAGACUUAUUAAAGAAGAAUAAUGAUUUUAUUUUCAGUGAAAAACAGGAGAUUGCAUUCAAAUUGUUAAAGAAG